AUGAAGAGCGUUUUCGUCGUGCUUCUGAUGUGCGCCAGCCUGCUGCAUUUAGCCGACGCACAGGGAUGUUGUUGUUGUUGUCCACAACCCCAGCAACAGCAGCAACAAAUGUGUUGUUGUCCGCAACCGCAACCAAUGCAAAUGCAAUGUUGUCCACAGCCGCAACCAAUGCAAGUGCAGUGUUGUCCGCAACCCCAACAACAACAGCAGCCAAUGUGUUGUUGUCCACAACCGCAGCAACAGCAGCAACAACCCACUCAGGUGCAACUUAUCAUUUGUCCGCCGAAGCAAGAGCAACAACAGCAACAGUGUUGUUGUUGUCCGCAACCACAAAUGCAGCAGCAAUGUCCGUGUAUGCAGAUGCAACAGCCGCAGCAGAUGUGUUGUUGUCCACAGCCUCAGCAACAGCAGCAACAGUGUUGUUGCACGCCGUUGGUUGCUAUUGUACCAAUGCCUACCACAACCACUACUCCUAAGCCUACAACGACUACGGCCGCGCCUCAACAGCAAUGUAAGAGUUUUUAAAAAUUUUAUAGUGAACAUGUUAUACGAUGAAACAUGUUUGGGACAUGUUAUACGAUGAAACAUGUCCGGUGCGUCCCUAGACACUUUUAAUCGUAUAACUUGUCCCAACAUUCCAAAAUCGGAAUUUUUCAAAAAAUCUCCUAAACUAACACAUUCCAGGCUGUCUAAUCCCAAUCGGUCAAGUAAUGAUCUCAUGUUGCCAACAACAACAGCAACCGCAGCAACAGCAAUGUUGUUGUUGUUGUCCGCAGAUGGGUAAGAAGCGCCGCAGACGUUCGCUUGGCCUCUUCUAUGGGCCAAUGAUCGAGAAACAUCAGCCGAAUUCAUUCGCCGCACAUAUGACGGCUUGUGGAAGUUGUAGUUGCGAUUGUCGCCAGCCGGCUGCCAGUUUGGCCGACAUUCUCAUGCCCAAAAAGUUCUUCGCCGUCUCGAAAUGA